GCAUCUAAAUUCAGUCGCACUGUCUGGUACUGUCCAGUACUGUCAGUAGUCUCAGUUGGUCUCAGUACAGAGACUACAGCACAUACAGACAGAGUACAGAGAGGUUCAGUCUUUAAUGCGCAAUCGCUUAAAAAUUAACUUUUAUUUUAUCAUUUUUAUUUCAUAAAUAUAUAAAUAUAUAAAUAUUCAAUUACCUUUCAUUAAUUCUUCAUUAAGUGCUACAUAAAUAUUUCUUUAAAACAAUUUUUUUUGGACAAUUUUUUUUUUUUUUCAGUUUUUUUUUUCUUGUUUUUAUUUUAAAAAUUUAAAAAUGAAUUCAAUUUUAAGAUCAUGCAUCCUUAUGGGAUCAUUUCUAAUAACUUACGUCAUCAGUAUCCAAGUAGAGCACACUUUUGAAACAGUACACACAAGUAAUGCUGCAGUAUUAAAUCGUUUAGGAUUAUCACCAAUUGAAAUACCCGAAGGACAUUACAAGAAACGUGUAUCUGGACCAGAACCUCAAGCAUUGUCAUCAUCAUUAAGUUAUUCGAGUGCACAAUCACGAAUCCAUCAACCAUAUAGCAGACGUCAUGGUCAUCAUGAUAGUCACAUAUAUGUGGUAAAAUUACCAGCAAGUCCACCUUAUUAUACUGUUACGAGACCCUUAAAAUCAGUGAAUAAAGAUAAUAAUAAUAAUAAUAUCCCAAGCAAAAGUAUUGAUGAUUCAAGUGUAAUAAAUCAAACACCUUUAGUUGGAUUUAACAGUAAUGGUAAACCAGCUAAAAUUUAUCACUGGAAUCUUCCAUUAAUGAAGAAAAUAUCUGAAAAAAAACGUUUACAUGGACAAUUUAAAAUUAAUCAAUUAAGAAAAAAAUUUAAAGAAAAUAGGAAUAAAAAUAUUAAAAAUCAAGAUGAUAAAAAAAAUAUAAAUUCAUUAUUAAUAACGAAAUCUGAUAUUGAUGAUGAAUUUAAUAAAGUAUUUAAUGUCAACAUGAAAAAUAAUUAUAAUAAAUACAAUGGUUUAGUUAAUGACAAUAAAAAUGUAAUUUUUCAAAAACAAACAAGAAAUAAUGAUAAAUUAUUAAAUUAUUAUUCAGAAAAUAUUCAGCAAUCAAACAAAAUCUAUGGAAUUUCUAAUAAAUUAAAUAAUGAAAAUAGUACACGAAAAAUGUAUCGAUUUGAAGAUAGUUAUGAUGUAAAAUCACGUCCAAAUAGAUUAGCUAAUGAUUUAAAUAAUGAUAAUAAUAAUAAUAAUAAUAAUAAUAAUAAACAAUACCGAAUGAAAGCAGCAAUGACGUAUUAUGCACCAAUGAUUGCAAAAAAAAUAACUGGAUUGUCGAUCAAUAACAAUAUACACAAAAAUUUUCCUGGUAACGGAAAACCAAAAGCUUUUUAUGUAAUGGAAAAGAGCCGUCACAAGCCAAUUUACUAUCAUUCUUUAUUGCCAUAAUUUUUCAAAUAUUUAACUUGUUUUAAAAAGAAUAUCUUAUCAAAUAAUAAUAAUAAUAAUCAUCAAUGGAUCUACAAUAAAUGUAAGCAAUGAUGACUUAUAUAGAAAAUGAAAAUUUUUUCAUUUUAUUUUUAACCGACAAUUAAAAUAAUUCAAUAAUUGAUAGACUGAGAGAAAAAGAGACUUAUACACUCUUUUAUAUAAGUUAUUAAUCAUUUUGUAUACUGUAAAAAAAUAAUAAACUAAAGGAUAAUUAAAUUCGGAGGAGUGAAUACGGAGCGAUUAUUUAUUUAUUUAUUUACGUAAUCCUUUCAGAGUAACGUGAUUACUUCAAGACUGAAAUAAUUUGAUUUUUUUAUCAUUAUUACAAAAAAAUUUUUAAAAACCCGGAAUAUAAUAAUAUAUAUCAUUAUAAGUCAUUAAUAUUUACUUAAAUAAAAUAUGUAUUUAUGAUUUUUAAUUAAUAAUUUUAUUAUUAAUAUAUAAAUUUAUUGUAACAUUAAAGCUCCGGAACUCUGAGUAUAACAAAGUGAAUUCUGAUUAAAAAUUUACUCCAAAUUCAACCCCGAUUUUUACACUCUAU